UUGACAUACGGCGGUUGCAAGCCGAAGCAUUUUUAAAUUCAUAUUUCUUGCACCGAAAUGCAUUAGUAAAAUAAUAUUAUAAAUUUAAAAAGCACGAUUUUUUGUACGCUUAUGAUGUGUUAAGACUAAGAAGAAUUAAUAGUUGAACAAUUAGUUAAAGGAACAAGUAAUUCGUUGUGCUUCGUUCACAAAAUAUAUGGAGAAAUCUUUGAACUAAAAGUAACCUAUUAGUCAGUAUGGAAACAAAAAGUGAAAUAUUUUCGCAGCGUUUAGUAAAAGCAGUAGUAUGGAACAUAACUUUACAAAUUUCUCUGGCUGUAGUAUUAGUGUUUUUUAUUCAAGUCGAUUUAAUUCAUCCGAUAUCAUGGAUAAUUUCUACAUUUAAUGAUAUUUUUAGUUGGAAAAUGGCAUUAAAUGCUAUACUUCUAGGACUAGUAUCAUUCUUUCAAGCAUAUUUAUAUGGGAGUUAUUUUUCAGUUCCUGUACCAAAAUACUUUACAAGAUUCUCAAUGUUUUUAAAUAUAUUUUCUGUGCAAAACAUUAUAUUCAGCACUCUUUAUGCUUUGAAUGGUUAUUUCACUAUGAGUUUAUAUUCUUCACUGGCUAAAAGCAACUUUAAUAUCUUGAAGAAGAAGUGUGAGACUUACGAUGGGCAAUGCCUGGCUGAGCAAAGUCUAUUUCUGCAAUUUGGAGGAAUGUGGAUGGGAUUAUACUACUUUACUAGUGCCCAUUUGUUAAGUGCUACAGUACUGACAUUUCCCCAUAUUUAUCAAGAAAAAUUUCAGCAAAUUAAACUUGUGAUAAGUAAUAUAGUGGCAAUGGGAUUUCAACAUUCUGUAACACCGGUAAUAUACUAUUGCAUAUUUUACUAUGUAUGGGGUAAUAAGCCUAGAAAUGUGGUAUCUGAGGUGUACAGUUUAUAUUUGGAAGAUCCUCCACUGGAUAAUAUUUUUAAUUUAAUAAGUUCCGGUAUUUGGAUUGGCCUUUGGUUUUAUACGAGUUUAUAUUUUAUUUCAAUAUAUACCAUGAAAACAGUUUUUAACAUAGUAUUAACAGAACCAAUGAAAUUCCCAAUUGAAGGUGAUGCCCAGUUCACAUUAAAUAAUGCUCUAUCACAAAGAUUACAGUUUACUGGUUAUUUGGGUGCUCAGGACUUAAAAUACAUGUCACUUAUGGAUUAUGCUAGACGCUCACAAAUAUUUACUCUUUCUCAACCCGGUGGCCAUCCAAGAAACUGGAAUAAUUUACUGGAGAAAUGUCUGCAAAUGAUUAAUCAAUUUAAUAGUGAGUUAGACAAAAUGAAUAAUGAUUCUCAUUCAGUUGAAGCUGAAAAUACACAUAAUAGAAAAACUUUUAAUACAAUUGCUCCACUAACACCACCUUCUGUUUACUCAAGAUCACUAAGAAAUAUGGCUCAAUCGCCAAAUUUACUUGAGCUGAAAGAUCACAACAAAAAUAAAGUGGAUGAUACUUUUGCUACUGCUAUUAAAGAAGAAUUUAAAAAUUUCCUGCUUAAACUUUCUCAAAAACCUGGUAUCAAUUAUUUUUUUGGAGAGCUUGUUGACACUAAGCUGAAAUUUAUUCUUAUUCAAGCACAACCAGUUAUAUGGACAUGUGAAGGUUUAGCCUAUAUUGUAUCAGCAUCAUUAAAGGAAGACAAAUAUGGUGUUGUACAAAAUGACCUACCAAUAGUUUUAUCAACAUUAAUUUAUCUUAAGCAAAAUUUAGAUAAAUUAACCAAAGCUGGUCUUGUACCUAGAAAACAUAUUUUAAAUGAUGUUCUUGCAAUUAAAAUUAGAAAUGCUCUUUUGUCAUCAGUAAAAAGAAGUUUAUAUAAAAUUAUAAUGACAUUUUCAAAGUUCAUUCAUGAGAUACCAUUAGACCCUGAUGUUCAAAUUGCUAUUCAAUCAUUUUUAUCAUGUAAAGAGGCAUAAAUGUGAUAUGUAUGUAUGUAUUAUUAUAUUAGUGAAUACAUUUUUUUUCUUAU